AUGCAGUAUACAUUCGAAAACCUUACCGACGUUGCUUAUAAUCACAACAGCUCUAUAAUUCUCAAUGACACAACGUUCGCCUUUUUUAAAUAUGAGAGCAAUCCUAGAUGUUUUCCAAGCCAUGGGAAAUGUUGUAGUAUUAACAGAUAUGUUGUACAGGAUCUUCAACUGUGUUUAAGUGGUAUGAAGAAAAUUCGCAAUGGUGUAGUUAUUUGCUGCGAUGAUGACAAAUCGUUGGGAAAACUAAAGGAACAUGUUUCUAACAAAUUAGGAACGAAAUAUGAAGUUAGUAAUACUAAGCUGUAUAAUCCCCGAAUAAUGAUUAAAAAUAUUCAGAUUCCUGAAAACUCCAGUGUCGCUGACAUUAUUGACAAUAUUUCAUCUAUUAAUGACCGUCAAGAUCUACAAAAUCGUGAAAUGAAAUUUGUAACGAAAUUAAACUACCCUAACGCUACACAUUUGGUACUUGAGAUGUCACCUGAGAUGUUAUCGUUUUCAGAGAAAAAAAAGAAAAGAUACGUACAUGGUAUUUCAUUUAGGUUGUUUGAGAAGGAAUUCAACCAUCCUCCACUCCUCAAAAUGCCAUCAAAUGGACCACCCGGUAUACCCGACAAGGAUGCCUUCAUCAACCAGCUGUUGGAGAACAAUAAAAAGCAGCACGAAACGAUAGCAGCGCAGACGAAGCUUACUGAAAAGAUGUCACGGCAGAUAGAAGAGUUGCAAGCCAAAUUAAUAAAUUACUGA